AUACUGAGGAUUGGUAAAAGUUAAAUGAGCUGUAGAUUCUAGUUUUCAUAUUUUUGUAUUAAUUGCAAAAUUUUUUGCAAAGCGCAAUGUCUCCAGAGCCAGAUAGUGAUCAAUUAAGCUGCAAUAAAUUUGAAGAAGUGAAAGAAGGAAUCACAACAACAGCAGUGGAUAUAGCACGAAAUGUAAAUUUGUCUUUGGUUGCAGGGGAAACUUAUCACCAAACAGACUAUUCGGUCCCGCGCAAACAACGCGAACGCCGAAAUAAAUCGCCCAUUGCGAUAUCAACACUUUUAGAAACCUUUGCAGCUCCACUAUCACCAGCUUCGUCUUCAUGUACCUCGCAAGGUAACAGCAGUGGUGAUGCCACAUUUGAACCAUCCAUUGAUAUGAUGGUGAACGACUUUGACGACGAACAAACUUUGAACGAGGAAGAAGCAUUGGCUGCCAUGGAGCAUCAGGACCCACAUGAUGAAAUUGCUACUUUGAAAGAGGAGAGUGAAAUGCCUUUAGAAGAGUUGUUGGCUAAAUACCAGGUAGCGCCCCCUGUGUCUGCACACAUCGGACCAUCGAGAAAGAAGAAUAAGAAGAGCUCCGGAGUGGGUAAGCAUUUAAAGCACAAAAAGGUUGAUAGUGAGUCUACGGCAAACAUAAGUUCUACGGAGGGCCUUACAAAUGCCACAUUGGAAGCAGUUGAUGGCACUGAGCCGAAUGCUAUUGAAAGAUCGUCAAAUGAUGUUAUAUUGAUUGACGAAAGUGGUGACGAAGACCUCACUGACAACAAAUUAAUGACGAAAUCGGGCACUGAAGAAUCGUUAGCGGAGCAGGAUGCUUGUACGCUUGAACGAUUUGUGGAGAACAAUGAUUUGCCGAUUGGGCAUGUUGAGAAAAUUAAAAGUCGUCGCACACAUCUAAUGGACCUUUAUCCAGAAGAAUCCUUUACGGAAGUACUGAAUUCAGGAGAUGGAACUGGAAUAGAAGUACCGCUUGACCUUCUUUAUAAUGAAGAUGACGAGGGGGAAGAAGUAAAUGAGGCAGAAGAGGAGGAAGAAGAGGAAUUUGACAUUGACUAUGUGAAGAAAACCAUAAUGGUAGGUCCAUCAUAUCAAGCAAAUAUACCAGAUGGAUUAUCGCAGUAUGGUGAUGUGUUACCUUAUGAGAAUGAAGAUAAAUUGAUUUGGGAACCCAGUCAAGUUAGCGAGCGUCAAGUUGAAGAAUACUUGUUGAAAGCACGGGAUAUUAAGCCAAGUUUACUAGACAACGAGGAAGAAGGCGAAGAAUCUAACCAGACUAACAUUGCAGCAGACAUCGCGAUAGAUCCUAUAAUAUCAACACCAAAUGGCAUUGAUGCAGAAAAUAAAGAAUCUUCCACAUACCACAAAGCGGACAAUGUUCAAAGCACAGUUCAAUCGCAUAGUGGUGAAAGCAGUGAUGUAACUGCUGUAAUUAAAGAUAACGAGCAGGCUCUUCACUUGCUCGUUCAAUGCGGGUAUGAUUUUAAAGAAGCCUUACGUCGCAAACGCCUAAAUGCGCUCCCACUAACUGGUUCGAUGAGCCUUUGGUCGGAAGAAGAGUGCCAUAAAUUCGAGGAGGGUAUACAAAAGUUUGGCAAAGAUUUUCUUAAAAUACGCCAAAAUCAGGUGCGUACACGUACAAUGCGAGAGUUGGUGCAGUUUUAUUAUCUCUGGAAGAAAAGUGAUCGACGUGAUCAUAAUUUCGCUAACUCGGACACAGUAGAUCACAUGGAUAUUUACCUUAACGAAGGUGGAGAUUAUAGUCCAACAACUACGAUCAAUGGCACCGCAGCAACUGGCCACUCAACUAACACAAACGGUGCUCAAACCCUGAGUUCGCGAAAAAACAAUGGCUGCGUUCAAAAGAAUCCAAUAUCCAUUAUGAUGACUGGAAAUACUAGUACUAAUACCAGUUCGACUACAUCAGCGGUAACACAAUUAAGUGUCAGUAGUAGUAAAGUGGCUAAUAAUCGAAAACGUAAUGUACUAGGUACUCCCAGCAAUAACUAUGAAAGUGCAUUAACUCAAAGUAUACCACUAUCAGCCGCGCAAACAAAAUGAUGACGAAUUGUUUCGUAAUCCAGUAGUCAAAGUUAAGUGUCGUACAAGUGCUGGCGACUUAUACGCAAUGUUGCACAUGCAACUAAAAAGUUAAGGAAAUAAAUAGUAUUAAAUAAAAAAUUUCAAUAUUUCUUAUAUAUUCCAAUUGAACAUUUAUACAUAUAUUAAAUACGUUAAACAAUUGUUUUCAUCCUCUAUUACAAUUAACUAGAAGAUUUUUCAACCGCUCGGCGCAAAAAGAAAUUCCUUUAUAUGUUUUUAGUAUUUUAAGAUACAUACAUAAGUGUUCAAGGAGUAACAUUAAAUGAAAGUACAUUUAGCUCCUGAAUUAACUGUAAUUAGUUACUCAAUAAUGUUAUUAAUUCAGUACAAGUUUUAUACCUUACUCUCAUGCAUGCAAUAAAGCGAUUGAGAUUUGCUUACAUUCAA